AUGCAAUUCAAUACAACCAUGGUGCUAAUAAACAACCGUGACGAGUAUUAUUCAAGAUCAACCCAAAACGCAACAUUAAAUUUCAAAAGUGAUCGAAAGUCUGUUUACGGAAUUGAUUUAGCCGGUGCUGUGAGAGGCACUUGGCUAGGUAUAUCAGCGAUAGAUGAAACUAUAAAAAUUGGAAAUCUUGCGAAUGUAACAGGAGAGGAAAAUCAAGGGAAACUUGGGCGUGGUCCAAUUGUAACGAAUUUUAUUGAAAGUGAUGACACCAUUGAACUUUACAACAAAAACCUGUUAGAGAAAGCUCACGACUUCAGUAGUUUCAACUUCUUAUCAGUUGAAAUAACGUCAGAUAGCAUUAAAUCAUCUUAUUUGAGCAACAUUCCAAAAGCUUAUCAUAUCUUGCCUCUGGGUUACACAGGGAUUGGGAACAGCCCGCUAGUCAAACCAUUCGUUAAGGUUGUUGCUGGUUCAGAUAUAUUCAAAAAUGUUGUUGACAAUCAUAAAGACAGCAAAAAAGAAGAUUUUAUCAAAGCUUUGAUGGAUAUUCUUAAAUGUGAUAGAAAAUAUUUCCCUGACGAAGAACUUAUUUCACGUCGUAAAGAGACUGCUGAACCUUUUUCGAGUAUUCACGUUGUAGUUCCGUCUGUUGGAUAUGGAACAAGAACGCGAACUGUUAUCUUAGUUGAUAAUAAUGAUAACAUUGACUAUAUUGAAGAAACAAUGAAAACUGAAGAUCCCAACGGAGAGUGGGAAACAACGCAAAUAACUUUUUCUGGAAUGACUACGAGAUUGUGA